AUGUCCUCGGUCGACGAGGAUGUUGAUGUGUCGCAAUGCACCGAGGCUGAGCGCAUGAUUGCGAUGUUCGUGGACAAGCUGAAAGAUGCGGGAGGCAGCAAUGCCAACGCGUUCUCCAUGCUCGCCGACAAAGGACACAGCGAUGACAGCGGAAGCGCGAGGUCAAGACGGAAAGCGCAGUCGGAUGAGUCGUGGAAGUCCAUUGAUGCCGCCCACACAACACUGCCGUUUGCUCAGCCAAAGAUCAUUGAGCACGGAACGCUGCGACCGUACCAGCUGGAGAGCCUUCAGUUCUUUGCCAACCUCUACAGACACGGCGUAUCUGGUGGCAUUCUCGCCGACGAGAUGGGCCUGGGGAAGACGCUGCAAACCAUCUCUUUGCUCGCGUAUCUGCAUGAACACAAUCUCUCGCGUGGCGUGCACCUUGUCACCUGUCCGCUCAGCGUUCUCGGGAGCUGGUCAAACGAGUUUAAGCGGUGGUGCCCGUCGCUGACGGUGCAGGUGUACCACGGGCCAGAGCGAGCCGCCGUUGCAAAGAAGCUGCGCAAAAUUGCAAAGCCGCAGGACUCCGUGCAGGUGCUGCUGACGACAUACGAGAUGGUGUCCAAGGACAAGCGCAUGUUUCGCAUCUUCAACUACGACUGCGUUGUCGUCGACGAGGCACACCGCCUCAAGAAUGAAAACUCGCAGUUGUCGUUGAGCCUGCGGGCGCUCAAGUCGUCAUUCCGCCUCCUCCUCACGGGAACGCCAAUCCAGAACAACAUGCACGAGCUCUGGUCCCUCCUCAACUUCCUCUUCCCACAGCUGUUUGGGGAGUCGACGACAUUCGACACGCUGUUUGACGUCAAGACGGGGCACGCGGACAAGGACGUUCUCGCAAAGCUCCACUACAUUUUGAAGCCGUUUACGCUGCGGCGGUUGAAGCAGGAUGUGGAGAAGGCGCUGCCGGACAAGAUUGAGACCAAUCUGUACGUGACGCUGACAGACCUGCAGAAGAAGUACUACAAGGCGAUACUGGAGAAGGACGUGCACGGCCUGCUGGCAGAGAUGCGCGGGCGGUCGAAGACGCGCUUGCUCAACACCAUCAUGCAGCUGCGCAAGGCAUGCAACCACCCCUACCUCUUUGAUGGCGUUGAGCCCGGCCCUCCAUUCACAAACGGGCCGCACCUGUGGCAGUCGUCUGGUAAGAUGAUUAUCCUGCACAAGCUGCUGCAGAAGCUCAAGGCGCAGGGCUCGCGUGUGCUCAUCUUCUCGCAGAUGAACAGGAUGCUUGACCUCAUCCACGACUACUGCUUCUCACAGGGCUACAAGGUGUGCCAGAUUGAUGGCAGCAUGAACGCCCUCGAUCGCCAGGAAGCCAUUGAGCGGUUUCAGGAAGACGACAGCGAUGUAUUUGCCUUCCUGCUAUCGACGCGGGCUGGUGGUCUUGGCCUCAACCUCACCAAAGCCGAUGCCGUCAUCCUCUACGACAGCGACUGGAACCCGUUUGCAGACAUCCAGGCGAUUGACCGUGCGCAUCGGAUUGGACAGACGAAGGCAGUGAAGGUGUACCGCCUUAUCACAGACAACACCGUCGACGAACACAUCCAGCAGCGGGCAGAGGCCAAGCUGUACCUCAACGCGCUCAUUCUUCAGGGCGAGCAAGUAGCAGACUCCGCAACCAAGGUGUCAAAUGCAGAGCUCUUGCAGAUGGUUUCGUUCGGCGCCGAUCGUGUCUUCAAGAGCGAUGCGCCGAUCACGGACGAGGACAUUGAUGUGAUUAUUGGGCGCGGCGAGUACAGGACGCAGGAGAACAUGAAGCGGCUGCAGGAGAAGUGCCAGCACUCGCUGCAGACGUUUUCGCUCAAGUCCGAGUCGGACAUAAAGGACAACUACCAGGCGUUUCUGCGCUCUGUGACAGCAAUGGGCGGGGAGGAGGCCUCUGUGUCUGCCAUGCGCCUUGCGGAAUUCGUGGCCCCGGAGCCCUCUGCGCGCCACCGCAGCACACGCACCGCCGCGCCGCUGUUUGAAGGAUUCUUCUCCGACAGCGACGACGAUGAUGACGACGGCGCAGGCAAGAAGGACGCACGCGCACGGCGGCCGUCGAGUGACGAUGAUUAUGUUCUGCCCGAGGAGGCGACGAUCAGCAAACCGCGGGCACCGCGCAAGAAGCGGGGGAAGAACAGCACCGCAAGCAACGGUGCUGGCACUGCUGCUGCUGCUGCUGGUGGUGGUGGUGGUGACACGGACGGUGGUGAUGAGCACGACGCCACAGGGGACGACUUUGAAGAGGGGGAGGAUGAUGAUGACGAUGAAGACGAUGACGAGGACGAGGAUGAGGAUGAGGAAGGCGACAGCACUGCCAAGGACGACGUGCCGGACGAGGUUGCUGUUCCCUUGGUCACGGACGCCCACGUUGCCGCCGGCAUGACGGAAGAACGCGUCGGGACAUUUGUCGAAGCGUUUAACCAGCACUGGCGCCUGUGCCACUGCUGCCGCUGGUUUGGCCAGGAUUCCAUUGAGGAGAUGGUCUUCAAAUUCAGGCGAGCGCUUGAUGCUGAGACGCCGCCUAAUCCGCGGUCGUUUCCGCUGCCCAGCUUGGGCGACGUUCCCUCGGCCACAUGGAAGCACUGCAAGGUUCUCCUCGCAAAGCUCGGGUUUGAGAUUGUCGAUCGGAGGCAAGCGUAUGUGACGGCUGCGGUUGAGAAGGAGUGGGAGACGAUGGUGCGGGCGCUGGUUGUGCUCGCCCUGCGCAUGCGGCGGCACAAGCGGUCGGACACGUUUGGCUGUUCAAUCCUCACGCACAAGGCCACCGACGAGGUUCCAGACAUUCAAGGCGUCCAGUUCAAGCCCAACACUGGCCUGCGCGUUGCCGUGUGGGGCCAUGUGGACUGGAAGGCUGCGCGCACGGCCAUCCGCAGCCCCACGGGCUGUGUGGCCACGCCUGCCAUCAUGAAGCACGUGCAGCCGUUUGCUGUCGCCGGGGUUGUGAGUGGUCCGGGUGCACGCCACGUGGCCGUCUUUCAAACAGCCACUGAUACGCCCGAACUGGCGCCGAGUGCCGGGUUCUUUGGUUCUGGCCGCGGGGGCGUGCUCGGCCGCCAAGCCACCUUUGCUGCUGCCCCGGUCCUGCUCAACAACCGAAGCGAUGCGCACCCCUGCAGCGUUGCGUGUGGGGCCCAGCACACCCUUGUCGCCCAAAGCAACGGCCAAAUGCUCUCCUUUGGCAAUAACACCUGUGGCGCGCUGGGACGAGUAUGCGCCGACGAUGCCACUGCUGAGAACCCGCCCAUGAAGAUGCGCCUACGACGGCAAUUUAUCUAUGUGAGCUGUGGCCCGCGCUCAAGCUUUGCGGUCACCACCAACGGCACCGUCUACUCCUGGGGUGACAACACUCACAGAACGCUCGGCAUUGCGUCGCGCGCGUCGAGCAUGGCCCGCCCUCGCAUUGUCGUCGCCCUCAACUGUGUGCAUAUUGUGCAGAUUUCUUCAAACGAGUUCCACACGCUGUUCCUCGACAAGCACGGGCGAGUGUUUGUGUGCGGCCACGGACAGCAUGGGCAGCUUGGCUUCCGUGGACGGAAGAAGGCACCGACACCGCGCCCCAUCCCGGCCUUUGAAAAUGUCGUCAUCAAGCAGGUCUCUGCUGGUCGCUUCCACUCGCUCGCGCUGGCCACGAACGGCGCUGUGUAUGUGUGGGGCCGGCCCGUGAGCAGCGCCCCAGUCAUGCAAACACCGCAGCUCGUCACCCGCCUCCGUGGCCGCAAUGUGGUCAAGGUUGUUGCUGGCGACUCGGUGUCGUACGCCCUCACGUCCACUGGCCAGGUCUGGGCCUGGGGCUCUCCUGACAUUCCCGAGCUCCUCUGCACUGACAAGGCCGACAUGCCCACCCCGAAGCAACUGCCUCUUCCCGAGCACCUUCAUGCGGAGGACAUCUGCUGCGGUUUUGGCUUUUGUGCGGCGUCGCUCUCGCAGCGCGAGAAGACGCAGGACAGCCGCAUCUGCGAGGCGUGCCUCAACAAGAUAGAUUCGCCGUCGCAGGAGCGAGACGCGGCGUCGGCAUCAUCGAAGAGCAUAUGCUACUCGUGCCGCUUGCUAAAGGCGCAAGUGCCCAUGCCACCGGCGUGGAAACAGCAGUAUGGCGCUGCCUGGCCUCUGGUGCUCACAGCCCCGUUCGUACGCCCGCAUCCCUUUGUCUUUCCGACGGCCCUCCUCUCCAAACCUCCAAAGCAUCAGGUGCGUGCUGAGGCGCAGCUUGGUCUGCGGGCAUCACUGGAGCGCGCGUGGACGAGCCUGCGGCAGGGUGCAUUCCAGCAAUACAAUGCACAGCAAAUGCACACGCUGCCGUCACCACCACAACAACAACAACAACAACAACAACAACAACAACAACAACAACAACAACAACAACAACAACAACAACAACAACAGCCCGACAAGGCGGAUAGCCGUGAUGAUGACGGCGAUCGCAGCGCAUUAGGCGAGGAAAAGGAAGAGGAAGAGGAAGAGGAAGAGGAGGUAGACGUAGCACAUGCAGGCACGGCGGAGGCUGAAGCUGGAGACGAAGAACAGAAGCCCGAUACCCAGGAAGCAGAACCAGAACAAGACGUGACAACGGAGGGAGAAACGAAAGCAAAAAGGGCGAAGAGGACACAAGAAGGAGAAGAGAAGACGGCUGAGGAGAACCAUCACCUGCAGCAGUGGUCACAAUACGCCAUGAACCAUUCUCAAAGCUAUGCCCAGCACUUUUUGGAUGUGGUGAAAGAGUACCACGAGUGCAAAGCCACGAUCCGGGACCUCAUGUGCCAGCUAGUGAACGCCAAGCACCGAAUGAGUGCGGUCAAGCUGCAGCUGCGGGAUUUGAUGAGCCUGGGAGUGAUGGGGGUGCCGAACCAAUCGGAGGUGUUGGAGAUGUUUGCUCCAGGCAUCACGACUGUUGAUGAUGUUGCGGCGAUGCACACCGCGAUCCACGAUGUGUUCACACACUCUGUUCGCAGGGAAUUGGACAUGUUGAAAGAUGGGCUGAACCGACAUCGACGGGAGAUUGCGGCAAUGCCUGCGAAAGACCUGUUGCAGCAGCACUUUGCGUCGAGCGAGCGGUUCAUGGGGUAUUCGCAGCGCAACGCCUCUCGCGCUGGGACGGAUCCCGUGGCGAUUGCCCGGGCACAGCAGCUGGUUGGGCCCGGCGACGUUGCAACCGUGGACGCCACAUUUACCCUAAUGUCCAGAGUGUUGGGUGACGGCGCCUUUGACCUUCACAAACAACGCUUGCAGCAGCAGCAGCAGCAGCAACAACAACAACAACAACAACAACAACAACAACAACAACAACAACAACAACAACACAACCAGCAGCAAUUUCAGCAGCUAUUACAGCGACAACAACAGCAGCAACAGCAGCAACAAGAGGAGCAGCGAAGAAGACAGCAGCAGAUGCAGCAACGCCAACGGCAAUACAACAAACGUUUGCGUCAUCAGCAGUUGGGCGGGGAUGCCCAAGCACCUGCACAUGGUGGCAAGCGGAGAGCAGACGGUGCUGAUGCUGCGGGGCACCAACUGCAGCACCCUUUAUCUGCCUCAUCGAGCGUGCAUGCAAGCAAACGGAGCAAGCGUGUGGGUCACGAGGCCACAGCAGCCACGGCAUCCGAUGCUGUUGUUUUGAUUGCCGACGACGACGACGACGACGACGACGACGACAAUGAAGCCGACAACGAUGGCGAUGCUGCUGCCGAGGGUGGUCGUGUUCGUGGUCAUGAAGCUGGCGAGGGUGCAGUGGCGGCGAGUGUCGAGAAUGACCAUGAAGGACGCCAGGCAGCAGAGACCCACACGAAGCACCGCAAGGCCGCGGGAGCACGGAUGGACACGACGGGGGAGCGCGACGCAAUAACCACUGGUGUUGCACAUGGCACACACGCUGCUGGCGGUGGGAACGAUGGCGACGAUGAAGCAACGGAGACGGGAUCGGUGGAAACGGAGAGCGACCCGUCAACGGUGGCGACAGACAACAACGACAACCACGACCACCACAACAACGCCGGUAUCCCGGGCCGCCUUCAUCAGCGAAAGGGCUCUGACGAGACGGUCACGGACGAGGGAUCAGACCACGGUUACGGCCACGGGCAGGGUGCACAAGCAUCAUUGCAUGCACCACCAUCCCACUUCCACCAACAACAGCCGCCGUUGCGAGCGAUGCCGACAAUGGCAACUGCAGCUGCCUCUGCGAACCCACGCGGUGGUGGUGGUGGUGGUGGUGGUGGUGGUGGUGGUGGUGGUGGUGGUGUGGUACCCUUGCAGGUGCACCUACUGCAGGAGCAUCCCAUGCUGUCUGAUGCUUUGGCCGCACCGCCGUCGCAGGGAGGCGCAGCAGCAGUGUCACCGCAGUCAUCCUCGCGCACAUCCACGGCUUCACCGUUCAGCACCGGCAGCAGUAGCAAGAAGAAGAAGAAAAAGAAGAAGCACAAGAAGCACAAGAAGAAGCAUAAGAAGCACAGGAAGCAGGAUAAGCCCAUGGAGCGCAGUGAGGACAAGGAUGAGACAUCCGAUGACGGUGUCGAUGACGACGAAGACGACGACAACGACGAACAAACAUCGCUCAAGUGAAGGAAACGUGGGGCUGUGUCGUUGUGUGUGUGUGUGUGUGUGUGUG